AUGACUUCCGUGACGAACGUGGCCCCCGUGGCGCAAGACACACACGCAAAGGCCUCAUUCUAUGGGGAUUUGAUAGACUACACCGAUGACGAACACGAUACAACGGAGGACGACACGUCAGAAGGCGAGGAGUCAGAGAGCGGCAAGUCAGCGGACGAGGAGUCACUGACCGGGACUGCGAUUGCGAGAAGCCCCUUAAAAUGUCGUCGCAAAAUUCCGGGAACCACCGGGUUCAGCGUGACAAAGGACGCUGACCAUCACGGCGCGAUUGUUAACCUUACUCGAUCCGACGAGGUAUUUGUGAUGAGUGGCCCGCGCGAUCAGCUGCACGCCAUGAUUGAUGGGAAGCCCGCCCGCCUGUUGUUUGUUCACGCCGUCUCGCGACCAGGAAAGAAGUGGGUGUAUGAGGACGACGGUAAGGAGGCUCAUCGUAGCUUCAUCCGCGUCGCACGAGAGGCGGGGUCAGGUCCGCUGAACUUGGGGCAUGAGAUCCAGAAGCGAGCCGUGGUCAACCAGCUAUCCGGUGAUUUGGUCAAACGCCUGCUCACUUUCCAGGUUGAGGCCGCGUCCUCUGAACAAGUCCCGUUCGUCCUGAUUGCCGCUGUGUGUUACAGGAACGAGUCGACACCGGUUAGAAUCCGCCUCUUCACUGGCCGAGGUGUUGAAUUCCCCCCUCAUUACAAGGCAACCUAUAAUGGUUCCGACUGGGAGAUUGGCGCCGUUGGUCACACAUACUUUAUGCUCCAUGUGCAGAGUAAUAUCCAGGUCACCAAGACCAUGCCGCACAUGCACAACAUCAUCACUGGUCGCGUUUCUGGCACGCAUAAGCAUGUGGUGGGAGACGAGAAAAGGCACAGAUUACCCAGGAAUGAAGAGGACCACUUGGUGGUUGCUAAGCGCCGCAGGGCUGAGUGA